AUGAAGUACUCCCUUGCUACCGCUGCGUACUUGGUCUCCCUUGUGGAGUGCCUCUCGCUUCCUCCGCUUAUUCCCACGAUUCCUGGUGUCACGGAGCCUCUGACCACCAACGCACCUCCUCUGCCUAUCCUGCAGGUUCCGACCCCGCCGCUGGAGAGCCCGCCCUUCACGCCCAGUGAUAUAAAACCGAAGAAGAUCGGAUACUUCUGGACUGGAUCUGGUGACAAGUUCCACAAGGAUUUCCUUGCCACUUACAGUCUGGACGAUGACACCUUCGGUACGCUGCUGUGGGUGACCGACGUCCCUUCGAGUGGAAACGAUCCCCACCAUCUCGGACCCUCGCUGGACGGAAAGACUCUCUUUGGAGGAGGCCUGCUCUCUCUUCUGAAGACCCAGGACACUGGAUUCUACUUCGACACCUCCAACCCCUAUCGUCCCAAGUUCCUCAAGAGCAACCGUGCCCUUUUGAGCUCCAUUGCCGAUGAGGUUCGCGCGAAGCCCGAUGGCGGAUUCUACAUCACCUACAUGGGCUCUGCAGUCGGCACGGCACCCGGUCGUCUCAUCGAGACCGAUGCCAAUUUUGACAUCAUCCACGAGUGGCCCGAGGAUGUGGAGUCCACCCUCAACAUUCUGGGCGAGCAGUUCUCGCCCCACGGUCUGAGCAUCGACUGGGAGAAGAAACUCAUUCUGACUUCUGACUUUGUUGAGCCCAUCACUAUCUUGAAGCCUUCCCUGGGAGUUCGCCAUGCCAACACCCUUCGUCUUUGGGACCUGGACUCCAAGAAGAUCUUGAGCACUCUGACUAUUCCUGAUGGAGGAGGUAUUCAGGAUGUCAAGUUCAUUCCUGGAAACCCAGAGUCUGCUGCUCUGGCGACUGCCGUGCACCUGGGCCAGGUCUGGAUCAUCUAUCCUCUGCGCAAGGACGCGAACGGCAACCAGGGUGUGAUUGAGCUGCUCUACGACCUGGGCCCUAAAGCCCGUGACACCAUCGCUAUCUACUCCGACAUCACCCAGGACGGGAAAUACUUCUACGCUACUCUGACCACCGCCAACCACAUUGCCGCCCUCGACAUCAGCGACCUGAACAAUGUGAAGCGUCUUGAUAACCCCGAUGAGGACCAGCCCACUGUCGGACCACACUACAUCAAGGUGACUCCGGACCAGAAGCACGUGGUGGUGACGGACUACUUCGUGCAAACAGGCGACAUUGGUAUCAUCAACACCCCGGCUGAUUUCAAGGCGCUGUACAUCGACCUCAACGAUGACGGUAGCCUGUCCUUCAACCGCACCAUCGACUUCAGCAAGGAAUUUUCAAACCGUGGUGGCGCUAAGCCUCACUCCAGCGUCGUUUUCGAUUUGACUGACCCUGACCACCCUCUCUAUUACUAG